AUGGAGGAGCACGACGUCACCGCCGUUGACCCGAAACUAAAAGAAGCCGAAAGUGGUGGUGCCAAUAGCAUUAAUGGUAUUUCCAAAGAAGAUUUCGGAAAAUUGCUUAUUGGAUUUGAGGCUAUUUAUCCAACUCUUAAAGAGGUUUCUCUUGCUAGUUCUCUUGGAAGCAAGGCAAUGAAGCAAGUCUCCCAGCAAAUACAGACUUUAGCUGUUAAAGCAGCUGGAGAAGUCCCUGAUGCCCAUGAAGUUGACAAGAGUUCAUUUAAGCACAGAUCUCCGGUCAUCCCAGAUGAUUUCCGCUGUCCAAUAUCUCUUGAGUUGAUGAAAGAUCCUGUAAUUAUGUCUACUGGACAGACAUACGAAUGGUCCUGCAUUGAGAAAUGGCUGAAUGCAAGUCACAAGACUUGUCCUAAGACUCAGCAGACGCUAUUCCACACAGCCUUAACACCGAAUUAUGUUUUAAAGAGUCUUAUUGCUUUAUGGUGUGAGAACGAGAACAAGGUGGCGAUAGGAGCAGCUGGAGCCAUCCCACCUCUGAUUGAUUUGCUCUGUCAUGGGACUCCAAGAGGAAAGAAGGAUGCGGCCACUGCUAUAUUUAACCUUUUAAUCUAUCAAGGAAACAAGGUGAGGGCUGUAAGGGCGAGAAUCGUACCACCACUCAUGAGAUUGCUCAAGGAUCCCGGAGGAGGAAUGGUGGACGAAGCUCUAGCAAUAUUGGCUAUUCUUGCUAGCCAUCAAGAAGGGAAAGUAGCAAUUGGGCAAGCUGAGCCAAUCACUAUUUUGAUUGAGGUGAUUAAGACAGUUGCCAGUGAGCUUGGAGCAGAAGAGGCAUUGAAGGAAUUGUCAGAGAAUGGUACCGACAGGGCCAAAAGAAAAGCCAGAAAUGUUUUGAAGCUUCUCCAGCGAGCUGAAGACAUUAUUGGAUGA